AGCAGCAGCAACAACAACAGCACAGAAAGGACGUCAAUAGCACAGCUAACGCGACCCGCAAACAAAAACAAGUCCGCCUCAAGCAACUUACCUUUUACACCUGCCGCAACAACUGUGGCUCUCUCAAUAAACUGUGUGUCAAGUUAUCCAACGCUAAGAAGUGCAAUCAACUUCCGUCAACCAACAAAAAAAUGACCUGCCGCAAUUAUCCGUCAUAUUAUCGCUGUCUCAGCCAAGAAAACUAUUUUAAUUUCGGAAACCUGAACACUGGAAGCUGUCCACAUCAUCAAAAUAACGGCUCCAACGAUCUAUCUGGCAGUAAUAAUUUGAAUUACAAUAAUUUCUUACAAUUCCCCACGACGUCCUGGCGCUCAUUGGACACAAAUAUUGAUGCUGCAGCUACGAGCAGCUGUUAUAGUUCUUCGCCAUAUUUUGACACAAUGAACAACAAUAGAGCUAGUGGUGGCGAAGGCGGCAUCGAUGCUACCACAUCCACGACCAACUCUGUGCACUCUAUAAAUAAUUCUGCAUCUCGCACUUGUCGUGUGCGGUCAAGGCUUGGUGAAUUGAAUCCAUUAUUCCAUAAAAGAAAUAAAACUGAAGAUGACAAAGCAUUUCCACCACAUCUAAUUAAACAGGCACGCAAGACAGGCGCUUUACAGUUGAGCGGCAGAGGCUUAACGUCAGUGCCCGACAAAGUUUACCAAAUAAAUCAGACUGACAAGGAUUUACCAACUUCAUUGGAACAGCUCACAGUCCGGGAGGAAGAGGCUUGGUGGAAUCAAAUGCCUUUAACAAAUUUGGAUUUAAGUUCGAACGCUUUGACACAUCUAUCGCCAAAAAUUGAGAAUCUCGAGACAUUGACCACAUUAACGCUGCACGACAAUUUACUAACCAGCCUUCCUAGAUCCAUAUGCAGAUUAGAGAAAUUAGUGCGUGUGAAUCUGAGUCGCAACAAGUUGAGAGAGUUGCCUGUUGAUUUCUACUCGUUACCUGAGCUGCGUUACUUGAAUAUUUCGUACAAUGAAUUUGAAGAAUUACACCCCGCUGUCAGCGAUUUGCACAUGCUUGAAUAUUUGAUUCUCGAUUUGCGCGAUAACAAAAUUACGAAAAUUCCGGACGAAAUUUCGCUACUGAAAAAUCUCAUUCGGCUCGAUCUUACCAAUAAUUCCAUAAGCAGUCUGCCCCUGUCGUUGGGCUCAUUAGCGCAUUUGGUUAGCCUGCAAAUCGACGGUAAUCCCAUCAAGUCCAUCCGUCGUGACAUACUCCAGUGCGGUACAAAUCGUAUAUUGCGUACAUUGCGCGAACGUGCGCGUGCUUCUGGCGAAAAUCAACAGCACCAUAAUCAAGGCGAUAGCCUUUCCCUAAACUCUGCGACAUUGUCGUCGACAACUUUCGUACAAAAUAAUAGCGAUAAAAUGGGUGCGGAUGGUUUGAACAGUCCACGUCGUCCRGCUGGCGGUUGUGAUGAAGACACAACAUUUCCCGAUAAAUAUAAAAUGAGAAACACGCAUACAUUAAAUGUGACCAUGCAGUACUUGUCCACAGUGCCUGACGAAGUGUUCCAAACGGCCGCUGAAGAGCAUGUCAGCUGCGUGGACUUCUCCAAGAAUCGUUUGGAAAAGUUGCCAGAUGCACUUCAUCUUCUUAAGGGCAGCGCCAGUGAGUUGGUGUUCUCCAACAAUCAAAUAACCAAAGUGCCGACAUUUUUGUCGCAAUUCACACGUCUUACUUUACUCAAUUUGUCAUGCAACCAACUGACCGACCUGCCAAAGGAGAUGGGUGUGCUGAACACUUUACGAGAAUUGAAUAUUUGCAAUAAUCGCUUUGACCACUUACCGACCUGCCUUUAUCACACGCAAAAUCUGGAAAUUUUACUGGCCAGCGACAAUCGUAUCAAGCAUAUCGAUGCGACACCAGAAGGAUUGGGCGCCUUGAAGCGUUUAACUAUUUUAGAUCUGCGCAACAACAACAUUGAGCAAGUGCCACCCGUACUUGGUAAUCUAACACAUAUUGCUACACUGGAACUGAUCGGGAAUCCCUUUCGUCAGCCACGCCAUCAAAUACUUGCCAAGGGCACCGAUGCCAUCAUGUCGUACUUGCGUGAUCGUAUACCAGCUUAAGGCUWAGCCAGCGAGCGGACUUUUUUCUUUUAGUGAGCAGCGUAACAUAAUUUUUUUUGGUAACGAAAUGGCAUGUGUUUGUUGAUAGUCGCCCAAGCUACURUUAAGGCAUGCGAGCGUCCUGGUAGAACGUAGAUUUAAUAGCGGUUGGGUUGAUUUAGUUUUCGAAUUUUAUUUGUGAGAACAAGAUGCGCAAUAUUUUCAUGCAUAUACAUAAUACGCUCUUAAAUACAAUGUACGCCUAAUCAAAAAAUGAAAAAUAUAUUUUUAACGAUAUUGCAAAUUU